AUGGAUGAUCGAACUAUUGAUACGAUUUUUGCUGGUUCAUUAGAAACUUUGCCUCCAGUUAGUUCCAAAAUUGUGCGCAUCUUUACAAGUUCCACAUUUACCGACACUACAAUGGAAAGGAACAAUCUAAUGGCCAAAUGCUAUCCAAGGAUCAAGGACUAUUGCCGUGAAAAGCAUGGGUUAGAAUUCCAGGUAGUUGAUAUGCGAUGGGGUGUAAGAGACGAAGCCACCGAUGAUCACAUGACUACAGAACUGUGCAUGCGGGAAAUAAAAAACUGUCAACGCCUUUCGAUGGGUCCGAAUUUUGUUGUAUUUCUUGGACAAAAGUAUGGAUACCGUCCCAUCCCAACUUACAUCCUUUCAUCAGAGCUGCAACUUAUACGUGAUGAUCUUGCUGCCAUGGGGAUCGAUGUAUCACUUUUAGAUAUGUGGUAUAAAAAAGACAGCAACGCCGUCCCUCCCAUUUCAAUACUUCAGCCGAUUUCAUCAAUUCUGACUAAUUUCAUCAAUAAGCGGGUUCCAAAACUACAAGCUGAAGAUCAAGCAGUAUGGUGGGACACGCUUACUAAGAUGCAGAAACUAUUUCGUAAAGGAGCCGCUUCACUUUACUCCCAAGGAAAAUUGGACAAGGAUCAGAUGCAUAACUAUUUCAUGUCUGUAACCGAAAGAGAGGUAAUCAAUGGCUUACUAAAUGUGAAAAACACCAAAAAUCACUGUAUUGCGUAUUUGCGGUACAUCAACAACAUAAAUUUACAGAAUCUAAAAAAAGCCUCACUUUAUGUUGACAUUUUGAAUAGAAGCUUAGACACAGAGGCUUGCAAAUUGCUUGCUGACCUACGAGAUGUGCGUGUACCAAACAGAAUCGAAGCUUCUAAUCUACAAAAGUAUACAAUAGAAUGGAUUGGCCGUGAAGGCCUAGAUGUAGAAACACAUGAAGAAUAUUUAAACCAUUUUAUCACACAUUUCUAUAAAAAUAUUGUAAAACUUGUAGAUCGCGCCAUGCGUAAAGAAGAUUCGAGCGCCCAAGGUCAGAUAGUUACGGAAAUUUUGCAACAUCUUCAUGCAUGUAAUAACUCCGUAAAAGUUUUUUAUGGGAGAGAGGAACAGCUUGAACGGAUUGAAAAUUAUAUGCUUGGUCCAUCUGAUAAACCAUUGGUCUUAUUUGGUGAGGGAGGCUGUGGCAAAACUUCACUACUGUCUAAAAGCGCCGCCCUAACAUCAACAAAAUGGUUUGUCAACGUCAGACCUAUUUGCAUCAUUCGGUUUCUUGGAACUACUCCAGACUCCAGCGCACUGACACCAACACUUAUAUCCAUUUGUCAACAGAUUUCAUAUAAUUUCAUGUUGCCAUUUGACCAAAUUCCAGAUGAUUUGGUGCCGCUAACAGCUCAUUUCAAGCAGCUCUUGUCAUAUGCUAGCAAACAUCAACCUCUUUUGCUGUUCCUUGAUUCAGUUGAUCAACUAACCGGUACUCAAGAUUCUAGCAAGGUUUCUUGGUUGCCAACUAGGCUACCUGCAAUGUGUAAAGUGAUAGUAUCUUGUGCAGCAGAAGAAUUCAAUCCAGUCGUUUCUCAAGAAUAUCACUUACUUCGCCGAAUGAUUGAUGUUGAAGAUAACUUUAUAGAGGUAUCUGCGCUUGGAGAGGAUCUAGCAAUGAAUGUAAUUAAAAUGUGGAUGGCAACGGCAUGCCGAGAUCUAACUAACUAUCAGUGGCGUUUGGUUGCUAACGCUAUAAGUAAGUGCUCGCUGCCAAUUUUUGUUAAAUUAGUAUUUGCUGAAAUUUGUCGAUGGAGAAGCUAUACUCGACCACAGGAUACCCAUCUAGCUUCUACUGUCAUGGAUAGUAUAAUGAUGCUAUUCGAACGAAUAGAAAAACAACACGGGCGUAUUCUUGUCUUUCACGCAUUGGCAUAUAUCACUGCGGCAAAAUCAGGAUUAUCUGAGAGCGAGCUAGAAGAUUUAAUUUCUCUUGACGAUCGUGUUUUAGAUGACGUAUAUCAAUAUCAUUUGCCACCAGUAAGACGAAUUCCACCUCUCUUGUGGACGCGAAUACGAAAUGAUCUUCCUAACUACCUUAGUGAACGUGAAGCGGACGGAGUAAAUGUUAUGAAUUGGUAUCAUAGACAAUUUAGAGAUGCAGCAAAAGAACGAUAUUUCAAAAAUAUGAAUAUGGCAAUGUAUUUUCAUUCGAUGAUCGCAGAUUAUUAUCUAGGUAUAUGGGGCGGGAAGCCCAAACCAUUCAAAUACACUGAAAUUCAGCGACAUCGGUUCGGUCUCACAGAUAAGGAAGGUAUCGCAGAUAGAAAAGUUCCCAUACAACCGUUAGUAUUUUCUAAUAAAGAAGGAAAAGUAACUAGAUACAAUUUAAGAAAGUUUGGAGAGCUUCCAUUCCAUCUCGUUCGUUCUCGAAGAUUUACUGAUUUAUAUGAAAAUGUAUUAUUUAACUACGAUUGGUUACACGCCAAGCUUUCCAGUUGCCCGCUUCAAGCGGUGCUUGCAGAUUUUGAAGACGCUUCUGUUAAUAUAGAAGAUAAAGAUGCCAAACGUGAGCUUAUGCUAGUUGCCGAUGCUCUACGCCUAGGAGGCGCAAUUCUUGGUGUAUAUCCAAACAUGCUAGCCGCUCAAUUAGUAGGCCGCCUAUUACCGGAAAUAGGGGGGAAUCCCAACAUUAAAAUGUUGCUUGAAGCUUGUGAUAAAUCAGGUCCAAAGGACUGCGCCCUGAUACCACUAAACCAUUGUUUACACACACCGGGUGGUCCGCUUAAGUACUCCUUGGAAGGACACCAAUUUGCUGUGUUUGCUUUCUGUCUUACAAGUGACUAUCGCUAUAUGGUGUCAAUUUCAACACGAUUCAUAACUUGGGAUCUAUCUACUUCCGAUUUAACCCGUGACGUGAAUCCCGGAGUGGAUGGAAUUAUGCAGCAAUUGGUAUUAAGCCCCGAUAAUAAAUGGGCUGCUGCGUACACGAAUAACAAUCAGAGUAUUCUAUUGAAUAUGCUUUCAAGCGAACUGGCUAUUAUAGAUAAUCCGUUUGACGAAAAGGAGCCUAUAACUGGACUAUACUUGUUGAACAGAAAUCUUUUUCUUCAUACAAAACUUUGUUAUGCCUGCUAUGACAUGAGAGGAACGUUGGUCGAAAAAUUUAAGUUGAACGAUAUUUGUGAUACCUGGGAAUUAUUAUAUAUGGAGUUUACAGAGUUUGGUGACAUGUUUAGUAUUCUAUGGUCAGGUGAUAUCGCAGAUACUACAUUAAUGCUGUAUACUGAGAAAACAAACUUCAAUACAAGAGUAGUAAACAUGCAUAGUGCAGUUACAAUGAAUAAAGAAAGAUCAAAUAUGUAUUGCUGUCACCAUGAGAAUUCAUUCCAAGUUAGUAAGUUUCAGUAUGUCGAAGAUGAUGAAAAUAAAUUAACAGAAUGGAGAUGUGUGCGAGAUUUGUCAAGAUAUGAGAAUGAUGUCAAGGAAACGGUUCUUCAGCUGAAAAUGGAUCACAACGAUCGUUUUCUUUUGGCAAGUACGGCAAAUGGCUUUAUAGUUUGGGAUUUAUCCGAAAAAGAACCUAUAUCGAUGGAAGCCAUAUAUCUUGCCUUACCUCAUGGUGUACGUAACAUAUCCACUAAAACCACGUAUUCCAACUCUGUGAUGAUUAGUUCAAAGGUUGAUUACGCAGUUGCGGGUGUAAGAAAAAAUUUAUACGUAUGGUGCAUAAAAACUAAACAGCUGAUGAAAGUAUUAGAUGCUCAUUUCGGACGAAUAAUGCAACUUGAAGCCCUAACAAUUGGUUCCUGGAACAGCGUGAUCACCUCCAGCAUUGAUAGAUCUGUUAAAAUAUGGAACAUAAACAACAUCUUUGAACAGGUACAUGUGAUCGAUCGACAUGAACUGCAAAUUGACGGUAUAAGCUUAUCAGAAAAUGGCGAAUUGGCAGUAACUGUAACACGUAGCUGCGUCGGAGUUUGGGAGAUUCGAACUGGGCGACUUUUGUCCAAACUGGCCGACAGUCCUCUUGGUGCUAUCGUUACUCAUGCUGAAAUUACUCCUAAUGGAAGGCACAUUGUUUCUUCAGAGACAGGAAAAAUACUUAUCUGGAAUCGUGUGACUGAACAAGUACUUUCUCGUGACUCUCAACCAGGAAUACAACAGUUCAUAUUUUUGGAGCACGGUGAGAAAAUAUUAGCUGUUUCGUGCCCAAGUACACCAAACAAUUUAUCUGCCGCUUAUGCGGAUGAACAGAAAUUAAUGGCUCAUGUUAUAGUUCGUAGUAUUCCAUGCGGUCAAAAUCAAUUUAGUUUCGAUUAUCCAGUGCGUCUCAUACCAGGAAUGUCUUUUCGUUGCGCUAUUGUAACAGCAGAUAACCAACAUAUAGUCUGUGCUGCAGUAGACAAAAAUAACAAAGAUUCAAUCUGGGUUUACAAUGCUAAUAAUGGAACACACGAGCAUAAGAUAUCUUUGAAAGUAUGCAAUGUUAAGGAGAUUGUUUGUUUACUACCUUUUCCACACAAACCAUCGCAAGUAGCGGUAAUCACGAAUGAAAAAGGAAGUAUUCUUGACAUUAAAACAAAAAAACAUGUUCGUUCUAUUCCGAAAUGGGGAGGAAUAAGUACCAAAGACGGUAAAUAUGGACUGUAUGCUCCAUCACGUGGAGGAUUAGAGUUACUAGAACUUAAAAAAGGAUCCACGGUCAAAACUUUCAUUCCCAAAGUAGCAGAAGGUGUGUUUACUGUCAUCUGUAUGUUUACCGACACAGACGAGUACGUUCUGUACUAUCAUAGCGGUCGGAAAACGUUGAGAGUGUUUCGUACCAGCGAUACAGAAAUGAUUGCUAACUAUCGCAUGCAAGCAGAAUUGACGUCUAUUAAGAGCACAUCUGACGGAAAAAGCUUAGUUUUAGGUACAGUAGAUGGUUGCAUAUCUGUACUAGCAGUUGCCGAUCCACAUAAAACAGAAAUGCAAUAUUUCUUAAUGCAACUUCCAUCUCGAGAUGCAAAUUGGAAAAAGAAACUCGCGAAACAAAAAGCGUCAGCAAGAUUUAAAGCUGCAAUGCGUCUUGCUUCAAUUUCGACGCGCUUCGGAUCUCCGAUUGAAGAUGUCGGUGAAGAUGAUGAAAUAGAUCAAUAG